GAUUAUUUAAAAUUUAAUUUUCUACCAUGUAAAUCAUAUCAUGUCUUGAUUAAUUGUAAUGCGAUUAAGGAUGAUCAUCGUUUAUAUUAAACCAUCUUAAGAGUUUAUUUUGUUAUUUGUUUGUAUUUGGUUCAUUUGUUUUCUUGUGUCUCUGUUUUGGUCUCUUUGGUCAACCUUUUAUUUUUGGAUCUUUCGGUGAAUCUCCAUCUUAAUUUGAUUUGUUUCUAAGAUCAUCAUCAACUGAUUUUUUGGAGACUGCAAAUGAACAGAUAACUUCAUUAUCAAUCCAUGGCUGACGAAGGACAAUCAAAUGAGAAAUUCAACGAAACUCGAAGUAAAAGUAUAAUAAUACGAAGUCCUGAUGGUAAAUCAAUUACCAAACACACCUCAAUUCACAUAACACGGGUUAAUGGAGGUUCCCCUGUGGGACGAAUCACCGAUGGAAAUGGUUCUCGACCUGUAUCAUCAGCAUCAACGGUAUCUUUUGAGAGCCAACGGCCUUCAAGUCAACCAAUGGAAGGCUCAAAGAGUGAAACAGUUUACCAGUUUAAAUCGACAUCACCUAAUCGAUUAUCUUCACUGCCUCAAGGUUCGGAUAGUUCACCAGCAAUAAACACAAUCAACACCCACUCUAAUAGUAAAUUGUACACUAAUGGUACCCUUGUUCCUGCCAUCAGACGAACCUCAAGUAGUCUACAGAUUAGUGUCAAUAUACGAUCACCAUCAGCUAAUGAUUUAAUCUACAGUAAACCUAGUUCACCACUGCCGAUCAGAAGAAGUCAAACAACCUUUGAAAGCUCAUGGAUUCUAUCAUCCUCAUCAUCUUACCAACCUAAUCAACUUUCACAGUCGCCUAUUGGUGAUAGAAAUAGUCGAAGUAGUAGUAGCUUAUCCUUCCGAUCAACAUCACAAUUGUCAAAUAAUAAACCAACAACUGCCGAUGUAACUGUUCAAAAAGAGAAACCAGAGGAAGCCAGGGAGAAACAGCCUUUGACCACUAAAUCCCAAACAAAAGGGACAGCAAACGGAUUAUCAUCUGCUUCAUCAUCCCCCUCACCUCAGCCUUCAUCCUCUCAAAUAAAAUCACAGGUUGCAAUUGAUAUUAAAUGUGGCCGAAGAAGUGAACCAUCACCUUCUCGCAUCUCAAUUACUCGGGAAACAGUUUCAUCACGAACAAUCAAACCCAAAGAUGUUGUCAUUGACAGUUCCGAGAAACAUGGUAAAGCAAUCAAGAGUCGAUCAUCGAGUCCAGUUAAAGAAUCAAUCGUCAGAAGUUCCCUUAAAGUUAACCAAGAUAAAGAAAAAUCAAUACAUAAAAGUGAGACAAUAGUUACAAAGGAAUCUACCGAUGAAACUGAAAUUUAUGAAAAAACGUUAACUGUUCCAUUAGAUGGUUGGACCGUUUCUGAUGCAAUUGAAAAGGGUUUUCUUGAUACGAUAAAUGGAACUUUCACUGUUCCUGAAAGUGAUCAUCAAAUUAGUCUCAAGGAUUGUUGCCGUCUUAAGAUUAUCAAUCCAUCUUCGGCUGAGGUAGUUGAUCCAAGUCGACCUUUUACUCGACCAACAAAUCUUAGUUUAGCCUUUGAACGAGGCUUAAUUGACAGCUAUGGACAUUACUUGGGCAAUGAACGUGAACCGAAAAUAUCACUGGAGCAAGCUUUAGACCGUAAGUAUGUUACUCUUAAUGAAAAAGUUAAAACCAGCAGUCUAAUGGCUCGUAAAGUGAUAAAAAUAUCAAGAUCGAAAAGUAAUCAGUUAAAUGUAACUCUUGAGCCCGAAUUGUUGGCUAAAGCAAAAGCCGACUCACAGCUUGUUAAAAGAGUCAUGGAAGAGCCAAAAAGUUAUCCUAGAGAAGUUGCUAUCGAGGAAAACAAAAAUAUCACUGAAAUUGCAUUCAUUGAUGAUGAUGAUGAGAUAAGAGAAAUUGAUUCAGAAGUUGAAGAUGGACGGACUACUCGGACAACAAUUGAAACCAUCAGAGCUGACGACUUGGAAACUGAAACAAUAGCUGCUGAUUUUGUUGUUGGUGAAACUUUAUCUACAUGCUCGGAUUCUGGAGACGAAAACUGGACCGAAAUUGUUGAUGAGAUAAGCCAAAGGUUGGAUAUAAUUAAAGAGAAUGAAAAAUUUCAGUCAGCUUAUUCGAAAUUGUCAGCCUGGCUUGAAACAAUCAAGACUCGAUUGAAUGAACUUGGUCCUGUUGGAAAUGAUUUGAAAAUGAUUUCAUCUCAACGCUCUAAAUUAUCAUCGAUUCGCAGUGAAUUCAAAAGUCGAUUAAUAGAGCGUCAAACUUUCACAGCCUCAAGUAAAUUUUUGUCAACACGAAUGGACCCUAAUUGUGGAGAGUAUCAACAAAUUGAAAGACUAACAUCAAAAUUGUUGACCCAAUGGAAAAAGUGCGAAUCAUUAUUAAAUGAGAAAGAAAGAGAAGUUAAAGGUUUAGAUUCAUUUAUUGAAUCGUUUGGUGGUAAAAUGUCCCAAUUGGAAAAUGAUAUUGAUUGUCUAACAUCAGAACUGGAUGAUUUAAAAAUGUCUGAUGCUAAGGUAAAGGAGAAAAGCAAUCGUUUGGAAACUAUCAAUGAACAGUUAACCAUUUCUAAAUCAACUCUGGCUGAAUGUGAAGUUAUUACAGAUCAUUUGUACCAAUUGGUUGGUGAGCAAACACGAGCUGAUGAGGUCAGGUCCAAGUUUAACUCAAUUGAGCGCAAAUCUGUUGAGUUGUCUAAUGAAAUAGAAGCUGUUACCAAAUAUUUAAAUAAAUUACGAGAUUUUGAAACUUGUGAAGCAUCACUUAAUGAUUGGUUAACCAAAGUGUCAACACAAUUAGAAUCACCAUUGAAAGUAUCAACUGAUGAGACUGAGUUAAAGAAUGAAUUGACUGAUGUCGAAGGAUUACGAUCUCAGUUUGACAAAAGAGAAUCCGAUCUUCGUUCGCUGGAGUCAAUGGGCGUUGGAUUAUUGGAAGCUGCAAGUUCCUUGGCCACAGGAGCAGCAGCGGUACAAGAAAUAUCUCGAGUUUCUGGUCGUGUCGAGUCAAUACAAUUAACUUGGAAUGAACUGUCUAAAGAGGUUGAAAAUAGAAUUGGUCGAUUGGAAAAUGCAUUGAAAUCAUAUGUCACUAUAAAAUCAUACCUCAUGAGCAUAUCUAAUUGGUUAGAUGAAUUGGAUGUUGAAUUGUCCAACGUUUCCGAUUUAACAUAUGAACAAGGAUCACUUGAAGUUCAACUGAAAGCAAUUGAAGCGAUUGCUUCAGAAAUGAACGGUAAAUCAGCUGAAUAUGAUAAAAUUAGUCAGAUUACUCUCGAUUCCUUCAACGUUGGAGUGAAAGAAUCUCGAGAAGAGAUAAAUGGAAUAAUUGAUCGAUGGAAUUCAAUUGCUAAAGAUACAGAGGAACGCAGAUCUCGAUUGAAAAAUUUACUCGAUUCAUUAAAAUCUUUGGAUGCUUAUGUUGAUGAAAUAUCGGCUGAUUUUGAAGUUUUUAAUUCAAAAAUCGAUACAAGUGGCUUAAUGGAAUCACCAACCUUUGAAUCUCGCUCAAUUGAUAGAGUCAAGUCUUUUCUUGAAUCAGUCAAAUCAUUGGAGAGGAAAGUUGAUCGAGCUUCAACAAUUGGUAAAGAUUUAUCCAAACAAUUUGAGAUUAUUGGACAGUCUUCAAUGCCGAUAGAAGUAUCCAAAGUGGAGCCUUUAGGGCGCAUAAAGAGCUUAUCGACUAGAGUUUCAAAUUUACGUCAUUCAAUUGAAGCUCGUCACUCCCUGUUAAACACAACUAAAACGUCAGUUGAUAAAAUUCAGCGUAAAACUGAUUCUGUUGAUCGUACAUUGACUCGUUUGAUUGAGGUUAGUAACAAGUUACCAACAAUUGUUACUCGAGACUCUAUUACUUUGGUUAAACAGCGAGAUGAAACAAUAGAAUUGAAGGAAGAAGUAAUUAAAUUCGCUUCUGAAAUAAAGGAAUUGAAAACAGCCAUUGAAAAUGAGAAAUCGUGUUUAUCAACAUUCCAUGUAACAUAUAAAACUUUCCUAUCGAAUGUUGAAUCAAUUGAUUCUCGACGGAUUAAUCUAUUAUCCUUCCUAACUGAACGACUAGGAAAAAUUGAAUAUUCAUUGAAAGAAGCUCAAGAUGUUGAAGCAACUUUACACGAAUUUGCUGAUUGGUUAAAGACAAUUGAGUCAAUCGGUGAUUCAAUGGAAGAACCAAGUUACCUUGUUGAUACAAUAGAGAAGCAAUUAAAGGAGACUGCUGAUUGUCAAGUUUCAAUUACCUCUAAACGAGACAUUUUGGUUGACUUGGAACGAAGAGGACCUAGAAGAGAAAAAGAAAUGCUAGUCUCAAUACGAUCACGUUAUAAUAAAUUGACAUCGAAAGUUACCAAAAGGAAUUGCACACUGGAAAGAAACUUGAAACAAGCAAAGGAAUUCAUUGAGAAAUGGAAUGGACUGAUUAAUUGGUUGUCAGGAACAGAAACAAUUAUUUCAUCUCACGAAAAUAUAAACUGCUCAUCAAUUCAGCUAACUAUUGGUACUUUGAGAGAAUUAAAUCGUGACUUUGAUCAUAAACAAGGUCAUCUUGAUUCCAUUUGCAGACUGGGUCGAAAUUUGAAAGAUAAAAGUCCAAAAAGUGAUGGUGAUUCAUUCCGUAAUUUGAUUGAUACACUUAGGAAUCGUUGGACAGAUGAUUACAAAAGUGUUACUGACUUGCUUCGCAAAGCUGAGAAGGUUUCCAAUGUUCUUGAUCGAUAUAGAAAGCUGGUAAAACAAUUAAAAGACUGGUUAUCAGAAGCUGUUAUUUCCUUUGAUAGAUUACAGGGCGACCCCGAAAUUGUACUGCGAUUGAUGAAAGAUCAUGCUAAUUUUACUAAACAAUUGGCUCUUAAAAAUGAUUCAAUGAUUGUCCUAAAAGACUGUCUUGAUGAAUUGGUUGAAUUAUUGCCAGAGGAUUGUCCGGAUAUAGAUACAGUUACAUCUGAAUAUUCAAAUUUAUCUCAAUCUUGGGAUGAAUUGAAUCUAUUAAGUCAAGAGAAGGAAAUGAAACUACAAGAAGCAUUGGAUUCAGCUGAACUCUUAAAAAACCGAGUUAAUAAAAUGCUGAACUGGUUAAUUGAAGUGGAAACGUCUUUGGGUAAAUAUAAAUCAUCUCCUGGGUCAAGCCAUGACGAGUUAAACCUUCGCUUGCACAUUGAUGAAAUCAAUGGUCAUAUUGAAAAGAUGGGCUCCAUUGUAAGUGACCGAGAUGAAAUAAUUUCAAUAGCCAAAACAGUGUUAACUGAUUGCCAUCCAGAUGCUGUAUUUGCUGUUCGCCAUUAUAUUGAACUGAUUGAGUCAACUUGGGAUGAUGUAGCUCGACAAUUAUCCAAGAAAGAAUCUGAAUUGAGGAGUAAACUGGAUGAAAUUGUUGAGAAAGCUGCAUAUUUAGCUGAACUAUCUGGUUGGUUAACAACCAGAGAAACUGAAUAUGAUUUACUAGAUGGUAAAUCAAUUCCCAAUGAGAUUGAACCGAUUCAAGAGUUUAUCGAUGAAAUGGAGGCUUAUCGAAUGUCAGUUCAUUCAAAGGAAAGUGAAUUGGAUAAAUUGUGUGAAGAUAAUCGUAAAGAGCCGACUAACAAAGCGCGACGCCGAAUCGGUCAGGAUCCUGUUAGUUACGCUAAAUUGGCAACUGAUUUACCAUUGGAACAGAUUGAUGAUCCCAAAGUUGUCGAUAUUAUAACACGCUGGCGAAGUUUGGCUUCAAAAACGCGAGAUCGUCUGAUAAGGUUGCGAAGUAAACUUAAUUUUUAUCAUGAACUAGAAAAGUUACGAGACUUUGAUUUUGAUACAUGGAAAAGAAAGUUUAUUGAUUGGUUGGACAACAGGUCAGCAAGAUUAAUGGACUUCUAUCGAAAAUUGGAUGAUAAUCGCGACAACAAGAUUACUUAUGAUGAAUUUAUUGACGGAUUUUUGAGGCACAAAUUUCCUGCCUCCCGAAGCGAAUUGCAAAGAGUUGCUGCCAUUUUUGACCGUAACAAUGAUGGUUUCAUUGAUAACAGGGAGUGGAUGGAGAAAUUGAAAGAUCCUUCGGAAGUUGAGAUGAUUGUUAGUGAAAUGAGGAAACAAUCUGCUAAAUGUACUUGUCUUUCUAAAUAUCGAGUCCACCAAGUGGAGGACAAAAAGUAUCAGUUUGGAGAGUCCCAUAAAAUGAGACUUGUGAGGAUUUUAAGAAGCGAUAUUAUGGUUCGAGUUGGUGGAGGUUGGAUUUCACUUAAUGAAUUUUUGCUCAAAAAUGAUCCUUGUCGAGCCAAAGGACGUACAAAUGUAGAGCUACGAGAGCCUUUAGCCGAUGGAGUUAGUCAGGGAAUGGCUUCAUUCCAAAGUCGAUCGCCGUUUUUUGCAAACAACAAUUCAUUUGUUGGACCGAUAACCAAUAUUCGAGAAAAGACUGAACGAAGUGUGCCAAUGUCAAUAUCAGCAGAUCAAGACGAGGAUAACGAUGAAGAUAUUGAUGAAGAUAGUAUUUGCGGUGGAGAGACAUCAAGACCUCAAAGUCGAUUAACAUUCACAGCCAAAGAAGAGCGAUGUCCAAGUCGAGGAAGCCAUGUUGGAGAAAAAAGAUUGCGAAUCGACACUAGGCCGAGAUGGCAUUAAGGAAUGAUCGUCAAAACCAAUCUUUCUUUUUUUCCCUUCUUUUUUUUCCCAAAUUUUAAAACACGAAAAAAUCAAAAUUAGUUAAUAACAUAAGCAGUGGGCCUAGAUGA